AUGGAAAGUAACAAGCGCCUCAGGCAGGUCAUCAAAGAGAUGCGCUCCGACUUGAAAAAACUGGAGUCAGAAAACAAGGCCCUCCGAGUGAAGUUAAGUCAGAACGGUAAACGAACAGAAACGUUGGAUGAAGCAACAAUUUCAGCUCUGCACCAGCAGCUAAAAUCCGAGGAGGCGUUAACGCACGCUAACCUGCGCAGGAAUAUCUCUGUCCCCGUACUGGAAGAAGAACCCCGAGAUAACAGGAUGACGGUGCGACGCUACUCCAUAUCUUCCUUACGUGCCUUCACAAUUGGUAAUAAAUAUCAUAAAGCUCCAGAUCAAAAUCAAAGUCAUCAAAGGAGUGAACAAGAGGGACCAGAAUCGGCUGCAACUACUCACUCUUGUGCAAUAAUGAAAGUCAUGAAGGGCCAGGGGAUUCUUGCUGAACUGCCAGCGGCUGGAAGCUCCGAAGAGAAACAUCCUCAAGAUGCACCAUUCCAAGAAUACGAACAUAAGUGCAAGUAUAAAAUGAAAUCGGUAACAUUCCUUUUGCCAGUUGAUGUUGUAUCUCAUUCUGAAAAUCAAGGCUCUUCCCAGUGUUCAGGGUAUCAGAGUUGUGAUCAGCUGCCUCCUAUUCAGGAGGUCGACUUCUAA